CUUUCACAUUUUACAUAAUGUAAUUGUGGACAGUCAGAGCAAAAUGCUGGCUUUUCUCCUCAUUUUGGCUUUUCGUGAAAUCAUUCUUGGUGCAGAAGAACAUGCAUACCAGCAGUUCAUUGAGUGCGCUUUCGACAGUCAAGGGCAAGUAGACCAUACAUGGAGCUAUGGGUAUGAUGGGAAAGACAUCAUGCAUGUGGAUUUGGUGAAGAAAGCUGUGGUUGCUACCAGUGAACCUGGUAAAAUGUUAGAAGAAGAGAGAAAACAUGUGGAAUACAUUAAGAAGAAAGAAGAAAGACUAAAGAUGGUGUGCUCUGCUGUGAAAACUGUCUUCUUAAAGUCCAACAAUUCUCUAUCUAGGGCAGCAAAACCAGCAGUGGUUUUAUCUGCUGGAGGAGAACAGGAUCAGAAAUAUCUUAAAUGUGUUGUGCAUGGCUUCUAUCCGAAUGUCAUCCGAGUGCGUUGGACCCGAAAAGGAAGGCCGGUCUAUUUUGGUGUAUCAAGUACUGGAAUACUCCCGCACAGAGAUGGCACGUUUCAGAUGACCUCCUAUCUUAGCCUUAUUAAGAUGAGUGCUCACGAUGUUACCUGUGAGACUCAACACUUAAGCCUGGAUGGGAUAUUGAGAAAAACCUAUGAGGAGAAAUCACAAAUCACAGAACAUGUACUUUGGGCAAUGGCUGCCUUUUUUCUCGGAUUUACAUUGCCGGUGUUUCCAACUUUAGUGAUAUUGAUAAUGACAAAACCACCUGAAGACACAAGUGACAGAUCAGAAGCAUCUUUAUCUUUGAAUUCAAUGAAUAUGUCUCAGGAAACAUAAAAUAUAUAAGGCUAGUGUGACUCCAAACGAAAUAUUAGGCCUAUUUAUUAUUAUUUUGGCCACAGAAGAUAUGCUUUAUUUUCUAAUUCUAUACAAUUGAAUCACAAGCAUAGUGUACACAUCAUUUCUGUAUCUAUAAGCAAUGAAAGUUUAUGCUAGAGAUUUGCUACUAUGUUGUGAUGCUUGAGAUUGUUGAUUUCUUUUUAAAAAGUACUUCACAAUAUUGUAAUUAGCUAUGGAAGCUUGCAGUCAUUCAUUUACACACAAUAGACCGGUUAUUUAUGGCAAAUGCUGCAUAUAGUACUUUGGUAUUGCUAUAGGAAUGUAAGUUAUACCUUAAAUCUUUUAAGCCUUUGUCAUGUUUUUUUCUAAGCCUUUUUAACUCCGAUCUUAUGAUUUGCACCUCAUACCGUCGUAUUAAAUAUUAGUCUUUAAA